UCUAUUCUCUAAAUUUAUAAAACCCUAAUUAGUUCUCUAAACUCCAUAGCCGCCUCUCUUUACUUCUCAGAUCCUUGAGGUUUUAGAUCCUUCUUUCUGUUUAUUCUCAAGAAAAGUUUCUGAGACAUCAAAAGAAUGGAGAUAGCAAGCCAAGAAGAUCCUACUCCAAUAAACAUUAGUUACGGUAAUACUGGAGGUGGGCAUGGGAACAUGAUCCAUCAUCAUCAUGCCAAUUCUGCUCCAUCAGCUCUCAACAUUACUAGUCCAAACCCACUACUAGUCUCUUUAAAUGGUAACGGUCUUGCCAAAACUCAUGAUCAUUCUCAUCAUCAUCAUCAUGUGGGUUACAACAUCAUGGUCAACAACAUCAAGAAAGAGAAGCCUGUGGUGAUCAAGUACAAAGAAUGCCUAAAGAAUCAUGCAGCUUCCAUGGGAGGCAAUGCCAUUGAUGGUUGUGGAGAGUUUAUGCCAAGUGGUGAAGAUGGUUCCAUUGAAGCUCUCACUUGCUCAGCUUGUAACUGCCAUAGGAACUUCCAUAGAAGAGAAGUCGAAGGUGAAGAAAAAGCCUUCUUUUCCCCUUACCUCAACAACCACCAACCACCUCCGCUGCAGAGAAAACUCAUGUUCCACCACAAGAUGGUCAAAUCACCUUCACCACAACAAAUGAUAAUGCCAAUAGGUGUUGCAACCGCUGGAUCCAACUCAGAGUCAGAAGACCUCAUGGAAGAAGACGGAGGAGGAAGCUUGACAUUCCGACAGCCACAACCACCGCCACCACCACCACCGUAUAGCUACGGACAUAAUCAGAGGAAGAGGUUUAGGACAAAGUUUACACAAGAGCAAAAGGAAAAGAUGGUGAGUUUUGCGGAGAGAGUUGGUUGGAAGAUGCAAAGACAAGAGGAAUCUGCUGUUCAAGAGUUUUGUCAAGAAAUUGGAAUUAGGAGAAGAGUACUUAAAGUUUGGAUGCACAACAACAAACACAAUCUAUCUAAGAAGAACAACAACGUUAACAACAAUGUCGAGCUCUCUGCUGGUAAUACCGACGUUAAUAACGCCACUACUGAAAAUCUUGCUUCGACUAGUCCGAUCCUUAGUUAAGUUAAGAUUGCUGUAAUAGCUUCACUCAUGUGAUUACUUAAUUAAGUACUUUGUUAUCGUAAUGUUAAUCAUUGUUUAGGUUGCUAGCUUUUUAG